CGAGUCAGCUCUCUUUUAACUGCUGCCCAGUUUCCUGAGGGGCUGUUUUUCCUGCUAAGGUGGAGCCGUCACUGCGUGCUUGUGUGUGAGUCGGCGCGCCGGCACUCCAAACUUGCCGGCCUCCCAGCUAAGACAGCGCACAAGUGGAAGAGCGAAUGAACGCGCGGAAGGUACCUGCCGUUCUCUCGAUUGCUAGUCACCAAGGUGUCCUCGUGGGUCAUGUCACCCAGCUCUGCAUAACGGGCAGCAUCAGCCAGCUCAGCAGUCAUGUACCUGAGAAAGACCCGGGCUGCCGAACUCUCCCUCUUCCUCCUAGGCUGCCUUUGCUCUCGCUCGCUUUCCAACUCCGCUACCGUCUUUAGUGCGGCAUACCGGGUGAAUGAAGAGGUAUCCAGCGGGACUGUGGUCGGCAAAUUGGAGGAUGUUUUGCCACUGGAAAGAGAGAACGGCCCUGCUAUGAAGUUCCAAGUCUCGAGUGACACCGGGGCGAUUCCGUUUCAAGUUUCAGAAAGUGACGGGGCGGUCAGCACCUUGGGCCGGUUAGACAGAGAAGCCCUGUGCACGAAUGAUGCGACCUGCGUAAUCAAGUUCAACGUUUUUUAUCAAAGAGGAUUUACGUUUGGAGUUUUUCACAUACAGGUUGAAGUGUUGGACAUAAACGACAACAGUCCUUCAUUUGAGAGCCUGGAGCAGCAGAUCGAAAUUUCGGAGAGUGCUAACUUGAGGACAAGGAUUCCAUUGGAUCGAGCGCUGGACCCGGACUGGGGGCCAAAUGGCUUACAGACUUACUCUUUGUCAGCCAACCCACACUUUGCAUUGGAUGUCAUCACCGGGACUGGAGGGGAAAAACAUGCAGAGCUAGUUGUCAUCAAGGAGCUGGACAGGGAGCUUCAGUCCUCCUUCAAACUCUUUCUCACAGCUUGGGAUAAAGGAAAUCCUCCAAAAUCUGGCACCACAUUAGUCAGGGUGAAUGUUUUGGACUCAAAUGACAACAGUCCCAUCUUUGAAGAUAACCUAUUGACAGCAGAGCUGAGAGAAGAUGCCCAGAAGGGAACAAUGGUCAUUAGUCUUAAAGCUACUGAUCCUGACCAAGGAGCCAAUGGAGAGGUUGAGUAUUCUUUCAGCAAACAUGCACCUCAGGAAGUAUUUAAUCUCUUCCACAUUGAUGCCAAGACAGGCAUAGUGACCCUGUGUGGCGUUUUGGACUAUGAAAAAAAGCAGGCAUAUGAAAUUGAUAUCCAGGCGAAAGAUUUGGGGCCUAGUCCCAUCCCGGCACACUGUAAACUUCAUAUCAAAGUUUUAGAUGUUAAUGAUAACAUUCCUGUCAUCCAUCUCUCCUGGGUAUCCUCCGGCAUGGAUGUUGCAGUGAUCCCAGAAAAUGCCGCCCUUGAUAGUUUCCUUGCUCUGAUGGUGGUGUCGGAUGCAGACUCAGGUGAAAAUGGAAAUGUGCAAUGUGAAAUUCAUCAUGGGCUUGGACAUUUCAGACUACAGAAGACCCAUGGAGAUAAUUACAUGAUAGUGACCAAUGCCUCCUUGGACAGGGAAAAACUGGACUGGUAUAAUUUGACCCUAGUGGCCAAGGACAAUGGGACGCCAUCUUUUUCUGCAAUUAAACAUUUGGCUGUUCAUGUAGCUGAUGAGAAUGAUAAUGCUCCUGUCUUCUCAAGUAAUUUUUACAUGGUGUCUUUAAAAGAAAACAACCAAAGAGGAAUCCAGGUGAUUAACAUGAAGGCCAGUGACGCUGACUUAGGCAUGGCUGGGACCAUUACAUACUCCAUGAAGGAGCCAGGCUUGUCACCAGCCUUUGCAGUUCAUCCUUCAAAUGGCACUGUCAUUGCACAAAAGCCAGUUGACUUUGAAGAACGGCAGAACUUUACACUCAUUAUUGAGGGCAUCGAUAAGGGGAGCCCACCACUCUCAAGCAGUGCUACACUUUUUAUAAGGGUGCAAGACAUCAAUGACAAUUAUCCUAUUAUUGUGGAACCAUCUCCUAAGAAUGGAGUGGCAACUGUUAGCGUCCCCAUCAACACUGAUACCGGUGAGAUUGUUAGUGAACUAGAUGGUGAUCACAUGAGGAACUGUGUGCCGCCCAAGCUGGCAGAUUGUGUUAAAGCUGAUGGGUAUCCAGCAGCACGCAUCCGGGCCACAGAUUUAGAUUCUGGUAUUAAUGGGGAACUGCGCUACAGGAUAAAAAGUCAGAGUGACAGCAGCAUAUUUACCAUUAAUGAAAUUACUGGCCAGAUCUUCGUCAAUAGCAGCAAUACCACCGAACUGCUUGGAAAGGUCUACCUUCUUGACGUCACAGUCACAGACAUGGGCUCUCCUGCACUCACCACUACUGUAGUUUUACAGUUGACGUUCCUCAGCUUGGCUGAUCAUCUGAAGAACUCAUCUUCGGGUGGGCAACACCAGCUCAGUGUCACCAUGAUAGUGCUCAUCUGCACUAUUGCCGGACUGCUCUUGAUAUUUCUAAUAGCUGCAGGCCUGAGCACGCUGUGCCACACCGAGAAACGACGGGACAACCGGGCUUACAACUGCAGACAUGCCGAGUCGACCUACACCAGACACCCGAGACGUCCUCAAAAACAGAUUCACAAGGCUGAAAUCCACUUAGUUCCAGUGCUAAGGGGGCGACCAGCAGAGUCCGGUGACGGUGGCAUCAGCCAGGCUCUGCCAAGGCCCUCAGAUGACACCAUGGAUGUGCCUUCUCCUUCCCCACCUUGCCAGUUUAAUUUGUCCCCUUCCUUGAGCAGGACUCUUAGAAACCAAACCUUCCCAGAUCCCAAUGAUACGCUGACAUCAUGCCGGACUCUACGUAAGGUGGACAAUGAAAGCCUUCUCUUUACUCCCUCUGGCUCUUGUAAAACACUCCGUAAGCCGAAGGAUAUCAACUUGCACAACACUGAAGAUUCCAUGCCAGUCCACGCUGACAGCAGCACAAUAAAGAUGUCAGGAAGUGCUGGCAAGCAGGACCCUUCAUCACCUGUCCUCUAUCGAACCCUGCGGAGACAGAAGAACACAGAAAACAAAACGCGAGCUGAGAACGAAGACCAGCAACGCAUUCUCCAGAACUUAUUCCGCCUCUCUAUGGCCGCCUUGGCAGAAUACAACCCCACUGAAGUGACGGCUGCAUCAUCACAGGUACAGCAGAUCUCCCAGCUGCUCUCCUUGCUGCACAAGGGCCAGUUUCAGCCAAGACCAAACUUCAGAGGAAACAAGUACUCAGGAAGAACUGGCAGGAGUGGAGGACAGGAUACCGACUGGCUGAGUACUAAGGACAGCGGCCACGGAGAGAGUGAAGCUGGUGAUGUGGACUGGGAAACUGGACGUGACUCCCCAACUGACCCCUUGCUGGCGGAAGGGAUGGAAACCUUGCCCCACCCAACAGAUGAUGUCUUUGUGGACCUUCCUGAUCCUGCAUGGAUGGCACGCCUUUCCUUGCCUCUCACUGCAGACUACAGGGAGAAUAUCUUUGUCCCUCAGGAGCCGAUGUCACUAGCAGCACCGGCUGUGCCUAUCCCUGCUGAUGGAAACACUGUAUUUUCUACAUUUGGGAAGAGCCAUACUGCCUCUCCAACACUAACUGGGAACUUACUCUCUGAGGUCAGCACCCUAUUUGAGAUGUUGCUGUCCCAGAAGGCAGAAUCACAAUGCCAACCAUCUGCCGAGGUCCUGUACAGACUUUCUGCUGCCUACCGGCGCUCAUUGGAGGGAGAAGAUAAAGUCACAGGGGGCACCGGUGGCUACAGAGAUUCAGGAGAGGCCUAAAAUGGUG